GACUAAGCACCGCCCGUCCUCCGCUUUUCUCUUUGCCCCUUGUCAUUAAGUUGCAAGAAAAUAAAUUUCUAAAAGCUUAAUCGCCAUGGCAGCUUCAGACAACACCGUUUCCGCAUCCGAGCGCAUGAAGCGCUUCUUGGAAGACAAGGACUGGAAGUUCUAUGCUGCCGUUGCCGCCGGUGUUGCCGCCGCCGGUUGCGGUGCUUACUACCUCAGCUCCUCUUCUUCGUCAAACAACAAUAAGAAGCCCAAGCAGCAAAAGCGCGAAUUGAAAAAGAAGCAAGGGGAAUCGGCCGAUGCCGCCACUGGAGCCACCGCCGCCACUGGAGCCACCGCCGCCACUUCCGCUUCGGACAGCAAUGCUUCGACCACUACUGCGGAACAAUACGAGAGCAUGACCGACGACGCCGUUGCUGCUCUUUCGACCGAGAAACGCGCCGAAGCAGCACAGUCACUGAAGGCCCAGGGCAACAGUUUAUUUACUGGCAAAAACUACGAGGAGGCCGUUCGAUUAUACACCCAGGCCAUCCGAUUCAAGGCUGACGCUAUCUUUUAUGCCAAUCGUGCCGCGUGUUUCGCCAAUCUUGGAAAGCAGGAAAACGUGAUUGAGGACUGUAACUCGGCUCUUAAGCUCGACCCCGUCUAUGUCAAGGCUUUGAACCGUCGUGCUUUGGCUUUUGAAAAGAAGGGUGAUUUGCCGAACUCGCUCUAUGAUUACACCUGUGUCUGCAUUCUCGAUGGAUUCAGAAACGAUAAUGCUGCAAAGUCCAUGGAGCGUUUGUUGAAGCGUGUUGCUGAAGACCGUGCCCAGGAAAUCAUGAAGGUCAAGAAACCCCGUCUUCCUUCAUCUACCUUUGUCAAUGCAUACUUUGAGUCGUUCCGUCCUGUAAACCUGGAUCUUCCUACUACCGAGGAUUUGUCGACUGGCGAUGGACAGUUUGCAAAGGCACACCGCCAUGUCAAGGCGAAGGAAUUUUCUGAGGCUUUGGAAGCUGUUGAAAAGGCUGUGGAAUUGGGAUGCUCGUCCAAAUACCAGGCAUAUGCCUUGAACUUGUUGGGUACAUUCAACUUCUUGAAGGGUGAUAACAAGGGUGCUCUUGAAUGCCUUGACAAGUCCGUUGAGGCUGAUUCCAAGUUUGUUCAGAGCUACAUCAAGCGCUCAAGUCUUUAUAUGGAGCAAAGCGAUAUCGCAAAGGCUUACAAGCAAUUUGAUGAUGCACUUGCUAUUAACCCCAGCGACCCCGAUGUCUAUUACCACCGCGGUCAAGUGAACUAUAUCAGUGGCAACUUUGACGCUGCUGCCAAGGACUAUACCGAAAGCUUAAAGUUGGAUGACUCGUUUGUGUUUGCACAUAUCCAGUUGGGUGUUGUGCAAUACAAACUUGGCUCGAUUUCUUCUGCCAUGUCCACAUUCAACAACACGUUGAAAAAGUUCCCUCAGUCAGCCGAUGUACAAAACUACUAUGGUGAAUUGUUGGUAGACCAGCAAAAGGUCAGCGAAGCCAUCGAAGCCUUCGGCAAGGCCAUUGAGCUGGAUCCCAAGAACCCUCUUCCUUACAUCAACAAGGCCAUGUUGAUGUAUCAAGCCAUGGGUGACGCCAACGAGGCUACCAAUUUGUGCAAGAAGGCAUUGGAGUUUGAUCCUGCUUGUGAUGCUGCUGUUGCUUCGCUUGCUCAGAUCUUGCUCGAGUUGGGUAAGGCUGAUGAGGCCUUGAAGUACUACGAAACUGCGAUUGAUUUGGCACGAACGCAGCCUGAAUUGGAGCAUGCGAUUUCAUAUGUCGAAGCCACCAAGACACAGAUCAGAUUUGCACAAGACUAUCCUGAGGCCGCAGAAAAGCUUCGUGGUGGCAGAGGAGGAUUGUAAAAUAAAUUCUAUGUAAAACGCACUCCCGUUAAAAACCACGCACAUUCCCUCGCACCAAGCACUCACACACGCACACACACAUCCAUACACACACAACUACAUCCUUCCCUUCCAACAAUUGUGUUUUAUAAAAAGAAAAAUCCUGUGACCCCGCAAUAUAUGCGUCAAUAGAGAGAAACA